AUACUAAAUUAAGAAAUGCUUCGUCUGUUAGACAAUGCUGGCUUGUAUCAGCUGCACACGUGGACCAUCGCUCAAUUAUACAAUAUCGGAGAUAGAGAACGUGAACGAAGCAUUACAAAGAGAGCCAUGACCACACUAUUGUUAACAAAGACAGUGCUGGCCAUGUUGGCGAUAACCAUACAAGCGACCUCUAACUGGAACCAAGAAGCCAGAGAUUACAUCCUUGAGAUUCACAACGAUAAGAGGAGGGGUGAACGUGGAUGCUUGAUGAAUAAACUGAUUUACGACAUGGAGCUAGAGAGACAGGCCAAACAGUGGGCUGAAGGCUGUGUUUUUAAACAUGAGACGAAAGAAGGCCGAGGAGAAAACCUGGCCUAUCAAAGUUACCAGAACCCAGAAAAAGAAAUGAUCCUAUAUUCUUCCGGACGUUGGUUUAAUGAGAAGAAUGAUUACAGCUAUGGUCAGCACAGCUGUGGGGCAUCCUGUCACUACACUCAGAUGGUAUGGGGAAGCACAUCUAAAGUGGGCUGCUACAGCUACAGAUGUUCUUCGCUUAUCGGAGCCACAUUAAACGCCUGGUACUUUGUUUGUUUUUACACUCCCAAAGGAAACACGAAGGGACAGGUACCUUACGUAAACGAGAAGACCUGCAAGAGCAAGUGCAGAGAAGGACAAACCGAAGACAAAGGACUCUGUGUAGGUGAGGCCAAAGGUGAAAGCGUCAACCAAGGUGGUGAGGACGGAGACUGUAACGAUAACGAAAGUUGGUGCGCCACAUGGGCCAAAAACAGUCAGUGCAAUCUUAACCCGGAUUACAUGCUCAAGAAAUGCAAAAAGUCCUGCAAUGUCUGUGGUAACAAAACCAGUUGCAAGGGCUGUGUAGGUGAGGCCAAAGGAGGAAGCGUCAACCAAGUCGGCGAUGAUAAAGACUGCAACGAUGACAAGAGUGAGUGCGUAGGCUGGGCCGGGAGAGGCGAAUGCCAGGCUAACCCAAACUACAUGCACAAAAGUUGCAGAAAGUCCUGCAAGAUCUGUGGUAGCGACACCAGCUGCGUAGACUCAAUCUCUCGAUGCUCUAAUUGGGCCAAGGCUAACGAAUGCAAAACCAACCCAGACUGGAUGGGGAAAAACUGUAGAUAUUCCUGCAAGCAAUGCAAUAGCGAUAAUAGAUGCAUCGAUUUAAAAUCUAACUGCGACCAACUGGCCAAGGGUAACGAAUGCGAUUCAAACCCAUCCUAUAUGAGCCAGAAUUGCCAGAAAUCAUGCAAAAUGUGUUAAGUGUAAUGAGAGCAUUCAUUAUAGAACACUAACCUCACGUCACAACCUGUAGAUAGUUUAGAACAAUAGCUUUUUGCCACGUCGUACAGACCUGUGAGGUGGUAACUAGCUAUUGGUCUAAACUGCCCACAGAUUGUGACGUUGCAGGUCAGUGUUUAGGCCUUCUAUAACGAUUUGUAUUGGGCGUAGUGAGAAAAAUGUUUUUCAAGACUUUAGGAAAAUUUAACUUUUUGGGUGCACAAAGCUCAGCGAUGAAUAUUUUAAAUUAAUCCUCAUUAUAAAAUAUAGUGAAAAAUAUGAAUUUUAAUAUAGGGCAUAGUAGACAAAAUUAAAUAAGUUGUUUUAAAUAAUUAGUGAAUUUGUUUGUUUAAGCAUUGGUAAAUACAUAAUGUUUAAUUUAUAUUCAUAUAACGAAUGAAACAAGAAAAAUAUUUUUUUUAAAUACUUUUUAAAAAAAAUGUAAUUUUUGGUGUAGUUGCAUUUUUCUGUUUGGAACUGUCGUGUAAUAAAAUUUGUAACAGAUUUAGACUAUCAAUAAUAAAUCUUUGCCAUUAGAAAUAUUUGUA